GGAAACGAACCCACAACCCUGGCGUUGCAAAUGCCAUGCUCUACCAACUGAGCUACAUGGGACCAACCUAACCUGGAUUCGUCCCAUUGCCCUUCUGGUCCUAAGAGUGUUGUCUUUCUCAAACGCAUUAAUGGAGGACCCAUGCUAAGGAGUGGGAGUGCAUUUUCCCAAUAAUGUAAAAGAAAUUGGAAUGUAGGCUAUUUGUUACCCUAAUAGGGAUUGAUCAGGUACACUUGACAUUUGCCCCUAAAAUAACUCAAUCAGAAAACUGUAAAGUAGGACUACAAGUGCAGUUGGACUAGAAGUGCAGUAGAACUACAAGAGCACUAGGACUACAAGCGUAAUAGGAUUACAAAAAAGUGUAGUAAGACUACAAUACAACAGGUCCAUUGGACUACAAGUGCAAUAGGACUACAAAUGCAGUAGAACAACAUCACUUUUUUUGUGGGACUACAACAGGAAGUUCAUUUCAGCAGAACUACAACCCCCAUUCCCACCAUGGUGUUGCCGCAGCCAGACAAGUGCCACGUGUGCCUGACCACCAUGGUGAUCAUGACCAGCAUGGCCUUCAUGGACGCCUAUCUGGUAGAGCAGAACCAGGGGCCCAGGAAGAUCGGGGUGUGCAUCAUCGUGCUGGUGGGAGACAUCUGUUUCCUCAUCGUGCUGCGCUACGUGGCAGUGUGGGUCGGGGCUGAGGUGAAGACCGCCAAACGCGGCUACGCCAUGAUCCUCUGGUUCCUCUACAUCUUCGUCCUGGAAAUCAAGCUCUACUUUGUCUUCCAGAACUACAAGGCGGACAGGAAGAGCCUGGAGACAGUGGCCCGGAAGGCUCUAACCUUACUCCUCUCUGUAUGCGUCCCGGGGCUAUACUUGGUCCUGGUGGCUCUGGACAGCAUGGAAUACGUGAGGACCUUCAGGAAAAAGGAGGACAUGCGGGGGAAGCUGUUCUGGGUGGCCCUGGACCUGCUGGAUGUUCUGGACAUCCAGGCCAACCUGUGGGAGCCCCAGCGGACCGGCCUGCCCAUCUGGGCCGAGGGACUGAUGUUCUUCUACUGCUACAUCCUGCUCCUCACCCUGCCCUGCGUCUCCCUCUCUGAGAUCAGUGUCCAGGGGGAGCACGUCUCGCCCCAGAAGAUGAUGCUGUACCCUGUUCUUAGUCUAGUUACUAUAAACAUAGUCACGAUCUUGAUCCGCGGGGUUAACAUGGUGCUGUUCCAGGAUAGUAGGGUGUCUACCAUCUUUAUAGGGAAGAACGUGGUGGCUAUAGCCACAAAAGCCUGUACGUUCUUGGAGUAUAGGAGGCAGGUGAAGGAGUUCCCUCCACAGGACCCUAGCAUGGUAGGUAUAGCCCUGGAGCUGCAGCAAGGGAACUCUGUGGGUCACAGCCACAGGCACAACCAGACCCUGCCCAAUGCCACCACUAGCCUCUCUGACGAACCAUCACCGACCGAGGUCAUAGACACAUGACCCUCGCCCAUGGAAAGUUAGAUCCUUUUCACACUAUUAUGUCGACCGGAUCCAUGUUGUGAUAUUGACCUUUUACAUUGUGCUUACCAGCACAGGUUCAGCAACUACCAUCGCAGUACAGCUUGGCUUAGCUUGGCUCAGUAGUGUGAAAAGGGUGGUAAGUGUCUGACCCUGAGCUCAGCUAGAGUGGACUAGACUUCUCAGAGCUCAGUAUGACCUCAACCAAGACUGUUCCGGUCCUAUGGGGUGGCAGAAAGAAACAACACGUUUCACUGAUAUCACUCCAGCUCAGGAAAACGGCCCAGCGCCUUGCCAGCCAGCCUCCCAGAUGAACUGAUGAGAUCAUUCUGAUGAAGACUGAUGUGUUUUCUAUUCUAUUGUGUGUGUUUCUAUACUUCUCUAUGGUGGACUAACAGACAGAGGGACAAAUACAGGUGACCUCAGAGACAAAACCCAGCCCAGCUCAGCAGAUAUGAGCUCAUAGUCUACCUGUUAACCGUACCUGGGUUCAAAUACUAUUUGAAAUAAUGUCAGAUACUUUAUCUGGACUUGAUUGAGCUUGCCUGACACAAAUGGAACAAAUGGAAUAGUAGCAAGAGUGAAAACCACACCCAUCUGGCACUCCAGGCAGACUAGAACAAACAGUAAAAGUGUAUUUUUUAAUUAAAGUAGUAUUUGAAGCCAGGUCUACUGUAAACUCCCUGUCUUUUUUGACUUUUUUGACUUUUUGGCAAUGUUUUUAUGUGAUGGUGUGCUGCUGUGAUUCUCUUUGUCAUUUUAAAGAUAUGUAUAUAUAGCCACUGUCAUUGAAGUGGCAUUCAUUUGAGGAUUUCUAUCCUCUGCGAGAGAAUUGCAGAGCAAGGAUGGAUAGAGGGAAACAAAGAGACGGAGGGUUGGUAUGUGGGGGUGGAGGAGAAAGCAAGAGAGAGAGAGAUGGA